CUUAUCCCUCCAAGCAAAGAGCAAAGCCCACGUUCCGCUUGACUAGUUAGCAGAUUUACGCGUUCAGUCGUCUGUAGAGGAAUGCCCAUGCAUUUUGCAGUGAGUUCUGUUGUCGGCAGAAACCUCGAAAAACAUGUAGUACACAAGAACGUCGACGGUACUUGAUUAAUAACGAUUACGAUGGAUAUUUUAAACAUUUUAGCUCUUUACUAUGUAAUAUUUUUGUCUGUUACGUAUACGAAUGGAGGAAUAUUAUCGAGCCAGUGCAAGGCCAGAUGUAUCACUGAAAAUAUACAUAAGAAGUCCAGUACUAUUCAAGCAAUAGAUGACUGUUAUGGUGAUGUCAACUGCUCAUCUUGUAUUAUGCCAUGUUCACAAGAAUAUAAAAAUCAAGCAAAUUGCAAGUUUAAAUGCAAUGAGGAACCUCAAAAGGAGACAUGUAUUGAAACGUGUGAAUUUUUGAAGCUGAGACACAACAGUAAAAUAGGAACGUGUCCGAAUCCUAGAGAUGCCACCGGGUUUGCCAAGACCUGUUUACAAACUUGUGGCAACGAUUCAGAGUGCGACGGGCGAAAGAAGUGUUGCUUCAAUGGUUGUGGCAGAACUUGCCAAUAUCCCAUUACGUACUCAGAAGAUAUACCGUCCAAACCUCGGAAUACUAUUGAUGUCUCUGAAGAUGUAACCACUAAGGAAAUAAUUUUACGGUGGAGUACACGUAAGGCACUGUCUCCCACUGAUAUAGUAUAUUAUGUGAUACAGAGUAAAAACAACACGGGUCAUCACCCAAGUAAGAAUAGGAUGGACACCUGGUACCACGUUGCAGAUACUGUUGAACAACACUAUAGGAUGAUUGCCAAGCCAGGUGUUUUUUACGAGUUUCAAAUUGCGUCUGUUAAUCGUAAUGGCACGCUAGGCUUCAACCGACCAUCAGACCCCUUCAAAUUAUCAGUGGAUCCUGAGCCUCCAAAUGUGCCACAGAAUCUGAGGGAAGGGGAGUCAAAGCUGGUGAACAAGACUGUCUCAUGCCGGAUUUACUGGGAUCCCCCAAAAGAGUCUGAUCUGGAUAUAUUACGUUACCGUGUGUUCUGGAGCGUGAGACUCAGCAGCAUUUCAGCUGUUUAUGUUAGCUUGGACGAGCACCGUAGGAACGUACCUGCUAAUGAACAUAGUUAUGAAAUUAAAGGAUUGUUGCCAAAUACAAAGUACUUUGUACAAGUACUCGCCCUUGCGCAGUGGGGUUCUACUCGUCUCAAGAGUGAACGAAACUCCAUGUAUAUCGUCACUAUGGACACGGACCAGCCAUCAGACCAACCAGCUUUUUCUCCCAUCCAUCCCAUGAACCCAUAUUUUGAAUUAUUGCCAACGCCACCACCAGUCCGCGACAUGAAAAAUAUCGAUCCUCCGUUCUGGAUGAACGGUACCCUCAAUGUAAAGCUGGAAUGGCGUAAACCACUUGGAGACGACCAUGGUGUGAACAGAUACAUGCUGUACUGGAGUCCUAAGCACUGUCUGUCAAAUAAGCCAAGAACAGGCAAGAAUGCUACAACCCAUUUUGGCCCUCGCAGCAGAAAUCCAGAAGCAACUACACAUGAUUUGGAGUUUAUGCUGUAUGGUUUGAUAUUUGACUGUCGCUAUGAAGUUAUCAUCCAUCCUGUGGACACUAACUUCAGAAAGGGAGCGGCCACUACAUACUACUUCCAGACACCUCUAUGCAACGAGGUCAUCGUUAAGGGCAAGCAAAAGCCUCCUUGCCCCACUCCAGCUCCUGAUGUUCCAUCAAAACCAAUGGACUUGAGUCAUCGGUUUAGCCUGGGGAUUAGUCUUUCCCUCACCCUGGAGUGGAACAAACCAUCCAGUAAACCUGAGAUGGUAACUGGCUACAGAGUAACUUGGGGUGUACGGCACCUUCCAUCUGACACCCCUUUUGCAGAUAGAUUUGAAAGGAUUAAGCAUAGUACAGCAAUGGUCAAGAACUUGCCAAAGGUAGUUAAGAUCACUCAUGAGAAUAAUAUUUGCGGAGAGUCCAAACAGGGGAAAUUAAAAUUGGAAAGUGAGACUUGCUGCUUAUUGGUGGAGCACUAA